ACAGAUUGGCUCUGAGUUUAACAUUGUCAGAGAGAGAAAGCUUGCUGAUCUGUGUGCGGUUUGAGAUGUCUAUAAAGUGUCUGGGGUUUUCUUUAGGAUUAGGCAUUUUCUUCUCACAGUUGAUGCCGUCCAUCCAGAUCCCCCCCGCUUUCCAGACAGCAGCUGCAGGUUCUGUUAUUACUCUUGCUCCUACUACUGUUGGUCCUUUGGCUACUACUCUUGCUGGGUCUUUAACUUCUACUCCUUUAGCUACUACUACUCUUGCUGGUUCUUUAACUUCUACUGCUUUGGCUACAACUACUCUUGCUGGUACUUUUGCUGCUACUACUACUUCUUUUGCUACCACCACCACCAGCCCCCAAAGUCAGCCUUCUACACUAAGAGUAUACCUGCGGAUGAAGAUUAACAGCACAGAGGAUCUGACUGACCCUACAGUGAUGGAGAACUUUCUCCUGAAGAUUAAACCUACCAGCGAACAGUUCUCAAAAGUUCAACUGAAGUGGACUCUCCAGCCAAAGCGGGAAAAUUAACAGAGGGUGUCAGUACCGCAUUUUCUGAUGUUCUGGAAUGAAGAAGAUGUGGAAGAAGAGAAAAAAAGGAAGAAAAGUAAAAGAAACACUCUGGUGUAGGAGUUGUGAGCUUUUAGCAUAUGUAAUUUUCAUUAUCAAAAUAUUGAAGAUUUAAAGAUUUGAAGAUAACUAUUAUUAUUGUUAUUUUUGGUUAUGCUGUAAGAAAUAGAAAGUUGCUUAAUAUGUAGUCAAUUUAUAACAAAGUGAAGGUGAGGAGGAUGGAGGUCAGUAAGUCAGCUCAAUUACAUGCAGGGGUGGAAAAUGUUUGAGUAAUUGUACUUGGUAUGUGGGAAGUGGAAAGUCUGUGGUUAAGAUGAUGGACAAUUGAUCAGAUUAUUGUGAGUUGCCUUUAAUAACAGUACCUUUUAGUAUACAAUAGAGUAAGACAAAAAAAUGUAAAAUCUGCUAAUUAAAUCACCUGAUGGGUGGAGGGCUGAUAUAGUACUCACUCAUGUCCAGCAGUAGGCAGUGUGUGUGUGAAACUGAAACCUGAAUAAAAUGAUAAAAGAGAUUUAUUAAUGAUAAAAUGAUAGUAAAUUCGCAUAAUAGUGGUUUCCAACACACCAUCUGACUAGCUUGUGAAUGUAAGAUCCAAUGAAAUAAAGAUAACAUAUGCUGAGUGUAUAACUUAAAAAAAAAAAAAAAAAUUACUUUUAACUGUUUUGAUUUCUUUAGGCCCUCAUGUUGUCAAACAUUCUUGUUUAACAGUGCUGAGUAAACUGAUUUACGCUUGGCUGAUUGUUUUUCUGAUCUGGGCAAUUUUUCACAUAUUUUUAAUGAUUUACUUUAAAGUGUGUUUAGAAUAUAUAUUUGAAAUAUACAUGAAUAUGUAUAUAAUAUAGAAAUGUGUCAUUUAAACAAAGAUUUUCUCAUACUGUGGGAAAAAAUUGUU